AUGCAGAUCGAUUGCAGAAUCACUCCGGUUUUUGCUCCGAUUUCCAGAGGAAUUUCACAUUUAUCGAUCGAAUCGUCGAUUAAUGUAUCUGACCACUGUUCGCUUGUCGAACUCUUUCAGUCUAUCAAGCAAAAGGAGAAUUCUGUUGCGGAACAAUUGUUACCAAUAGGUUUGACAAAUAAAGAUCAAUUGCUCGAUUUCACUUCGAAUGAAACAUUCUCAUCAACAUCAUUGAUUCGUCUAUUUCAAUGUACAAAUGAUACUACCGAAACCAAACAAUCAUCAAUUUUUCGCAACUUAUUUCAACAAAUUUCCAAUCGAAAUACUGUUCACGUAGAACACAAUGGAGAACAUGCUAUUUCAGGGUUAUAUCACGCGAUGAAAUCCAUUUGCCAUCCUGAACAUUUUCAAAACUGUCUAUUCAUUCAUAUAUACAAAACAACUGAUCAAAAUAUCAGUCAAAUUAUUUCGUUGAACAACGAUGAGAAUCAGGUGACAUUGGACGCAGUACAAAAUAUCGUACGAGAUACAUUAAAACAAGAAUCCAUCAACAAUGUCAUCUUUAUUCAACAGGGAGCUGAAAUAAGGGAUCAUGAACUAGUUCUACAACAAAAUUAUCCAUUUAUCACUGUGAUUGAUUGUCCAUCGGAGAGAGAACUCAAUGAAAUAUCAUCUCCUAUGAUUGAUUUAUGUUUUUACGAACUGCUCAUACGCCUCAGUAUUUAUUCAAUACUAUUUACUCAAGAAAAUCAGACGAAUUUACAGCGUUUUUUCAGCUAUUGUGAUCAAGAUAAAUCCUUUACUUUCAAAACUCGUGAGUUAGAAAUCGCUCUACUAACUCUCAUUCAAUUAUUCAACCAACAACUAAAUAACAAAGACUUACAUUUAAAUUAUUACGAUCUAAUAAUCCCUUCGUCAUUGACUCGAACUGUAAAUUACUAUCAAAGUGCACUUUUAUUUGGUGAUAUUCUUUUUGAAUAUGUGCGUACAACUCAAUUACCUUUGAUCAAUCGUAACAAUGAUUCGAAUCGAAAUAUCGAAGAGAAACUAUCUGAAUUUAUGUCACAUUUCUUGAAAUGCUUGGAUAAAACAUUGAAGAUGUCUAUUCUAAUCAAUCCUCGACAAACAGAAACUCAAACAGCUACUAUGCUAUGUCGAAACACAUGGAUUUAUUUGUUAAAAAUCAUUUUCUCGCCAAUUCUAAUUUUCGCAACUAUUGCACAAUGUAUAGAUGAAAUCUACAGACGAAUCCGAAAGAAGCAAUUCUCCCCAGAGUCAAUUUGGUCCGACCUAAUGGUCUAUUUCUGUUCGAUUUGUCUCAUUGUUUCGAUCUCGAACAUAAUUAUUUAUUAUUCUCGUCAUAUUGUAUCGACAAAUGCAAAUCAAAUGGAAAUUUAUUGGCCCUUGUUAUUAAUUAUUUCGUUAUUGACUAUUCUUCAUGUUUAUCAGACAUCUUCCUUUCAUCGGAAGACAUUUCGAAACAAAAAUAUCCUUAAGAAUACGUAUAUCGAUGCUCAUUUGCAAAUUUUAGAGAUUAAAUCAACACCAAAUACCACGAAAUUAUCAACAUUUUUCGUCGCUGAUACUUCAGAUACUCGUUUUUAUGAAAUCAUCGAUCGAAAAAUCACUGAUUUUCAUCCCACACUACUUCAGAAAUCGAUCACACAAUCAAUAUUGAACUCAUCUGAAAAACCUAAUUCAAAUUUAUUUUACUUUGUAGUUUCAAUUUUAUUACUCAUUACUUUUGUUCCAUUAGUUAUUAUCCAUCCAUUGAUUCCAAGUUUUUACCGUAUUUUUCGUCUCAAUAUGUCAUUUAUUCACACAUCAUGGGAUAUCCAAUUGAUUCAAUAUUCUUAUAUGAUAAUUUCAUUCAUUUUCUAUACUCUUUUAGUUUUUUUGAUGAUGAGAAGUAUAUCAGAGUAUCUUAAGGUUUUAUAUAACCUUCGUAUACUAUUAUCAAGUACUGAUCUGAAGAAACAAGUCGAUUUUGAAUGCGAAUUUUAUUUAAAUCUACGUCGAAGUGAAAAUUUGGAAUAUUUCGUUCAUUUAUUUCAGCGAACCAUUCGAAAUAUUGAUAAGAAUCAUACUUUAAUAACAACAAUGACUUGCGCUUUGCUUAUCGAUGUGAUUCUUAUCCUGAUUGCAGUCAUUCGAGUUUUUGUUUACGGUCGUUCGACGGAUUUAUUGACAAUCUGGUGUCUUAUUGAUAUCGUUUUUUUAUCAUUCUUUAUCAUGUUAUUUAUCAGUGUCGUUGUCUUGAUUAACAAAUCAAUUAAUUACGAUUUUAUUCGACAUUUAAGAAAUUUGAAAAAAGAUGUGGUAACAUCAAAUAUUUUACAUCCAGAAGAAAACGUGAAUUAUGAUUAUUUGGAUAUAAUUAUCGAACAUAUCGAAUCUGUUACUGACCAAUAUUCUGUUAAACUACUCGGAUUUGUUGUUGAUUAUUCUUUAGCUUUGAAAAUUUUUAUUUCAAUCGUGACUGGAAUUGCUUCGGCUAUCGCUUCUCUCGUACAACAAUAG